CGGCGCUGAAUUGAAUUUGGUUUACAAGCACUGGGCAAGUGACCGUUAUUUUCCAGCGUUUAAUAAAUUACAUCUGUUUCUCGUUGUUUUCAACUUUUCUUUUUUCAUGAACGGUUAUUUUUUCGCAGCCGAUCGGCCGCAGAGCAAGACGCAUUGAAUGUAAAACGAUAUUAUGUUGUAGUAUUUUUGCGUUGAUUUUAGAAAUGACAACCUCUUAUACACUAGAAGAGAUCUUGGAAAGACAAUGUGAAAAGUUGCGGGAUCUUGAGGCUGCGACGAUUUUUAUCAAAAGUAAAGAUGCAAUGAAAGAGGAGUUUCUUAAAAUGCGCACAGCAGUGUCGCAAAUGUGCAAUGGCAUAGAAAACAUAAGGCAGACAUUGAACGAAAUGACUAAGCAAAAUAACCAGUGUAGAGAGUUAUUAUCACUCAUCGAAGCUCUGGACAAAAGAAUCAUCCAUAUGGAAAGGAAUAUUCCAUCCGAGUUGAUUCAUGAUUAUCACAAAACCAGGAGUUCCUUGGUAUCGAAUGUUACCUCGGAAUUCAUGCAAGAAUCGCAUGCACUGAUAGAUGAAAACAGAACAGAAAAACGGGGGGAGACACCAGUGAGAGACUGUAAAAAGGUAUUGUUCAACGAGCCUGAAGUUUGUCCCGCGAUACCUCUGAUAGAUCAAGAUGAAUUCAGUAAAAUACCAAAGUACAUUAUUGGACGGCAAUCUUUGGAAACUGUUAACAAUUUUAUAAAUACCAUCAAUCAAAUAUUGAGGACGAAAUAUACAUUUUUGUCACUGGGGAAAGCUCAUGCUAGGAAACAGGGCGAGUUGAAUCUUUAUUUACAUUUUAAAAAGCAAGAAAUGGACAUUUGCAAUGACAAUGAAUAUAUAUACUUUUUCACUGGCAAAGAUUACGAAAGACAAGUGAAAUCCAAAUUAGACAAGCUGAAAUUAAAUCUAAUAACGGUUCUACGACAUUGCAAACGAUUGCGGGAGCAUAGAAUAAAAAACGAUGUGCGAUAUGUAAUAUUAGCAAAAAAAUAAUCAAGUUAUAAUAAUAAAAACAUAGCAAAUGAAUAUUCUAUUGUACAGAGAGAAGGUAAAAAUGUAAUUUAACAAUUACGUGUUAUUUUUAUAAGUUAUAUGCUAUAUAAUAUAUGAAUGAUAAUUUUGUAUUAUUGUAAAAUAUAUUUUUUACUAUUUUACAUUUAGUAAUUACUCUGUCUUAUUCAUCGUAAAAAUAACCGAGAAAUAAAUGUUGAAACAAUAAACGUUUCCAAUGUUCGUUAACUCCGAAACUUUUUUGAGAUUAGUUUUUGUUUUGGUUGUCGUGACAGCGUGUUUAUCGAGAACGCUCAAUUUAUGAAGAUUGAUCUCUUCGUCGAAUUGUUUUGACGACACGAAGACUCAAGUUUAGUUUGCCAUGAAAGAAUUUUUCCCUUUUCAUUUCCAAGGAACGAGGUAAUCUGCUCUGGAAUAAUUUCGAUCGUACUCUACACUUGUGGGUACAAGAUACAUCGAAACUAUCAUUUUUUUUUUUUAAUUAUUUCACAGUUAUCUCAUUGCGGGGCAGUAAUUUUGAUUAACAAUUUUAAUUAAUCACAUGCACAUAAAUGUUCGAUAAUUUAAUUUUAAAAAUAUAUUUAAAAAAAAAGAAAUACACGACUGAAUAA